UCGCCCACUCGGGCCGCGGCCCACGUGGGCGAGAGCGCGCCGCGGCGCGGGCUGGCGGGCGGACUGCGGGGCGAGCUGCGCGGCGGGGCGGUGCGCACGGCCCAGCCUGUCCGCUGGCCGCAGCGAGAAAGACCACCAAGCACAGGCCUCGCCACAGGCUACUUUAAGAAAAAUGGCCCUGUCAGCCCAACAGAUACCCAGAUGGCUCAACUCAAUUAAGUUGAGUAACUUCAUUACUGCUAGGGAACUCAGACAACGUUUUCUGAGACCAAGAAAAACAUUGUUGCGUGGCUUUUUUGCUCAGCCUCAGCUGUCCUCUGAGGAUUGCUUUCUCCAGUGGGGUUUUAAGACAUAUAGGACUUCCUCCGUGUGGAACAGUUCCCAGUCGACCAACUCAAGUAGGCAAGAGAUUAAUUGUGCUCAGAGCACUCUGCUUCCUUCCGUGAAUGAGCCGUCACAGAAGACACAAAAGAUACCCAGCUUUGAUUCUGAACUGUCUCUAGAAGGACUGGACGAAUUGCCUCCAUUGUCUCCAUUGCAGCCAGUUUCCGAGGAGGAGGCUGUUCAGAUCAUUGCAGACCCUCCACUGCCCCCAUCGUCAUUCACCCUUCGGGACUAUGUGGAUCAUUCCGAGACUCUGAAGAAGUUAGUGCUUCUAGGAGUGGAUUUAUCCAAGAUAGAAAAACAUCCAGAUGCAGCCAACCUACUUCUGCGACUGGAUUUUGAAAAAGACAUUAAGCAAAUACUCCUGUUUCUUAAAGAUUUGGGCAUAGAGGAUAACCAACUGGGAACUAUCCUGACGAAAAACUAUGCUAUUUUCUCUGAAGACCUUGAAAAUCUUAAGACUAGGGUGGCUUAUCUCCAGUCAAAAAAUUUCAGUAAGGCGGAUAUUGCACAGAUGGUCAGAAAUGCACCAUUUUUGCUGAGUUUUUCAGUGGAAAGAUUGGAUAACAGAUUGGGAUUUUUUCAGAAAGAACUUGAACUUAGUGUAAAGAAGACUAGAGAUCUGGUAAUUCGUCUCCCAAGGCUACUAACUGGAAGUCUGGAGCCUGUGAAGGAAAACAUGAAGGUUUAUCGGCUUGAACUAGGUUUUAAACAUAAUGAAAUUCAACAUAUGAUCACCAAAAUCCCAAAGAUGUUAACUGCAAAUAAAAGGAAACUUACCGAGACUUUCAACUACGUGCACAACGUGAUGUGCGUUCCCCACCACAUCAUUGUCAAGUUCCCGCAGGUAUUUAAUACAAGGUUGUUUAAAGUCAAAGAAAGACAUUUGUUUCUUGCCUAUUUAGGAAGAGCACAGUAUGAUCCGGCAAAACCUAACUAUAUCUCUUUGGACAAAUUGGUAUCUAUGCCUGAUGAAAUAUUUUGUGAAGAGAUGGCCAAGGCUUCAGUACAGGACUUUGAAAAAUUCUUAAAAACUCUUUAGUUUUUGAUGAAUGUUAAAAUGUAAUGAUGUAAAGUGAAUGUAUAUAUGAAUAAAACAAUAUGUUUUUAAAUAAA